GUCAAGCUGUAUACGCCGAGGUGGAGGGGGGGGGGGGGGGGAAUUCUGUGCGCUUUUACGCAUUUUUACGCAACACCAAAACUGGCAAACCUCGGCCAAUCAAAAACAACACACGUGCAAAAAUUAUUUACUUAUAUUUCUUAUACCAUUGUAUACUUAAAAUACGUAUGUAUUGCAAGUAUUAUUUUUUUUCAAUCUUCAUAUUGGGACGCACAAUAAGCCAGAAACAAAUGAAUACUGCAAAGCUUUGCAUUAAAAAAAAAAAGUGAAUCAAGUGGGCUUUUGGGGAGGGGCGUAGGUGUUUAUGAUUGUUCAGUGUUUGGUAAACAGUGGUGGCAUGCCUCCCCCCCCCCCCCCCCCCCCCCCAUCCCCAUCCGCCCACCCCAAUGCAGAUAAGCCGCGGGUGUACCAGGGAGUGAGGGUGAAGACCACAGUCAAAGAGCUCCUGCAGAGGCACAGAGCCCGCGAGGCCAACCGUAAAAAAGGGAAAACGAUAUCUCAAGCUUGCUUGGAUCCUGCGGCUUUAUGUGCGUCAACCCUUCCAACAUUUAGCUAUGUGGAAACCCCCGCCGCCCCCUUUGCGGAUCCCGGCACAUGUGCAGCCCUCCAGCCGCGCCCCGCCUCCUACCCGGUCCCCGACAUCGGGUGCAGCAUCCCGGCGCAGGAAGGCAGCUUUCCCAUCGGGGACAUGAUGGUGCCCAUCGACUGCUACAGUGCAAACAGCAACAGCGACGAUUGCUACGAAAGCACUUUGCCUCCCCCUCCGUCCUUCCCGUUGCCCUGGAGCCACGACCUUGCCUCGGACUCGGACCACUAUGGCCACGGCCUGGCUCCCCGCUCCUCACCGGCAUCACUGCAACUCUGCAGCCCCGUGGAUCACCACAGCUACUCGCCGCAGGAUUCUUUCUCCUCCUCUUCCUCUCCCUCCUGCUACGACUCGCCCACCAGGAUGGCGUGCAACUUCAUUAGCUACGCCUCAGAGCGCUACCACAACCAGCACUGCACCCUCCAGGACUGUUACUGCCUGACUCAGUGCUGGGCCGACCCGCAGGAGAGCUUCUGCGCUCCUGAAUACUCGCCUCACUACCCUCCCACAGACUAUGCAUACCCCUGCCUGGUGGAAGAGAAUUAUUUCAAGAGCAAUUUUGCAAUGAGCACUGAAAUGUGUUAUAAUGUAUUAUGAUGUCGGGUUUAUUGCUUUCCAAGCACUCGGUAAGGAUCUGCUUGUGCGUGGCAAGGGUGGAGUUGACAUGAUGAAUGGAUAAUGGAUGGAUGAAGUGGCUGAGUUUGUUGAUUUUGGGGUGUUCUUUUAAAUUCCUCAGAUUAAUUUUCAUAGCCAUAACAAGUUGACAUUUGUCAAAAAAUAUUAAAACAUCAUAAACCUUA